GCCCGGGGCAAAGACGCGUCGGAACGAGGUGCCUGCGACCGGUCGCCGUCAACGCGUUUGGGGAACAUUCAAGACGUGGAGUGAAAUGUCUGCUUCUUCGUGCGUGCAGUGUUGUUUUUCGCCGCUUCUAAUGACUCUCAGUGCAGCACAGCUGCUGGUACUGCUCAGUGUCGUCUGGCCUUCUUAUGUUACAACCUACUGCAGGAAGCCAAGAGGCUUCGAGACUAAGCUAGUCCCAGAUUCAAUGUGGGCCCCUACGGAGCGGCUUAUCGAGAAUUUGGGCUAUGACGCGGCAGUCCAUACAAUACCCACACCAGACGGCUAUCUUCUCACAGUGCAUCGCAUCUCCGGAGCCAAGCAGAAAAGUCCCAGAGACAGACCGCCUCACAACACUCCGGUACUGGUGUCUGCGGGGCUGGCCUCCAACAGCGAAAUGUGGGUCCUGCGCGAGCCGAACUUAGCAACGUCACUGGUGAACGCUGGUUUUGACGUUUGGCUGACCAACUUCAGAGGCAAUUCAUACGGCCUGCGGCAUGAAACACUCCACCCGAAGAGGCACGAGUUCUGGGAUUUUAGCUGGCAUGAGAACGGCCUCAUCGAUCAGGCUUCAACCAUUGAUUAUGUAUUGGAAACUACGGGACGCAACAAACUCAUAACCAUCGGCCACUCCAUGGGCAGUACAGCACAGGUGGUUCUUUUGUCUGAGAAGCCUUCCUACGCAGAGAAAGUUCUGUGCAGCGUGUUUCUGGCCCCCCCAAUUUAUUUCUCGAAGCCUCCGGUUCUUCCGACGGCUUUGCGCAAUUUGUUUUACCUCCUUCCGCAACUGAAGGAAUCCACUGGCCGAAAUGUGGUGAAUGAUAAGAUGCCGUUUAUGGACCAGUGCAUGGCUGCCUAUUGUUUCCAAACUGCAAACGAAAAGUUUAACAACUUAUGCAGGGCUGGCAUAUCCGCAAUGUUGGGCAAACCACAGAAGAGAAUAAGCGAUGUGAACGCGUUGAAACUACUAGCCCAUUUCCCCGGGGGAGGAUCUAUCCGACAAGUACUCCACUACGGCCAGAGCAUAGCCUCAGGUGGCUUCCAGAAGUAUGACUUUGGUUCCGUAAAGAACUUAAAGCUGUACGGCUCGCCUCAUCCUCCUUCCUACAAUUUAAGUGCUAUCACAACUCCUAUAUAUGUUUAUUAUGGAACUUCAGACGGCCUCGUCAGUUCAGAGGAUGUCCGGAAAUUCACAAAGCAAUGUCCUGCUGUAAAGGAAGUCCACGCGUUGCCCUACAACCAUUUAGACUACGCUCUGGCGGACGAUAUUAAUGAAGCUUAUAUUAAGCCUGUCAUUGGAACCCUCAUGAAAUAUAUUUGAUGCAGGUCAUCUGUUCUCCUUAUUCGUGCGCGUUUAGCGGUCAAGACUCCGAACAACUUCGUCACAUGACAUCUCGAAGUGCGGAACAACAGUUUGGAAUGCGGUUUUUUUUGUUUUUUUUGCAUACAUCUGGAUUAUUU